CCUCCUCGACUGCAGAUGCUCGAAUCACAGCUUAACUUUGAUGUUACUCAACGUGUACCAUAGUCGGUGAAACAAUUGAAAUCAGGUGUAAACACUAACACAAACACUAACACUUGAUCAGUAGUAGGGAUGAGCGGAAGGUGCGUUCGGAUUUUGCGGAUGUGUGGAUGCACAAAUUGAGGAAAGCGGUUAUAAGUUGAAAUGGAAUCUAGGCUAGCAAACGGUCUUAAACUCUUAUAUUUUAAGAGGCCUGGGCCAUUUGAUCCAGGACGAGUGGGUGCACGACUUCCAGAAGCAUAUAGAAAAUUUUGGGAUGAAUGGAAGGUUAGAAAGCCGGAGCCUGUCCACUACGUGCCAGAACCGGGGAAGUGGAGGCGUGACCCAGUAACUGGUGUAGUAACUCCAGUACAAAAUGUACCAAUUCCCGUAAAAUAUCCAGCUGAAAGUCAUAAGGGACUUUGGGGUGGAGAAGGUGUUAUCCAAGGUUUCACAAAGAAGAAACGAACUGUCAGAAGAAAUCCAUACUUCUGGACUCCAAAUUUAAAACGAUCAGUUGUGUAUAGUGAAAUCUUGGAUAAAUAUAUGUCUGUUGUUGUCACUGAAAGGACAAUAAACUUGAUCCACAAGAAUUGUGGAUUUGACCACUAUAUUUUGAAGACCCCUGCAUGUGAUCUAAAAUCAGAGCUAGCAGUACGAAUUAAGCGACAGCUUCUAACAGCUUUGCUGAAGAAAGAUUAUCACACUGAUAACUCUGAAAAGCAGAAACAGAUACAUGAAGAUUAUGGUCAUUAUUUGAAAUCGUACACUGAAGAGGAAAUUGAGUGGUAUGGUCUGACCUAUCGUGAAGCCUGCAGAAAACUCAAACAAUCAGAUGAGGCUAUGUCUGAGCCAAAGCCCCUAAAGCAUCAGUUCAGGGCUGAACUGCUUGCUGAAUUACUAGAAGAAACUCUAGUCACUGAUAAAAUUGUCCCAAAGGAAAGUGGAGGUUCAUGGCUGUCAAGAAUAAAUCCUUUUGCUACUAAGGAUGAAAAACCAUCAGCAUAAGAAGAAACCCUUAUGUAUAAAAGUUUUAGGACUAAAUAAAUAACCUGCUUCAUAAAAAAAUAUUUUUUUUUGAGAGAAAAUUGAUGUAACCAGUAGCAUGUUGGCUGACUUUUAUGUGAAGUGUAGUGCAACUACAAAAGCAAUAACCAACUUGGGCAACACAAAACUCAGUGCAUCUGCUUUUGAGGGAGGUCCGCAUAAAGUAAAUGUCCCAGAUUAAUAGCUAUUGAUCUGCAACUCAAACAAUCCUAGGUCUGGUUUUUAAAUUCCCCAUUUUUCCCAUAAAAAGAAUAUGCUAACACAUAGCUGGUAACUAUGUUUUUUUAAAUCUGUUAAUUUUCAAGACUUGCCAACAACUUA